AUGUACGCAACAAAACCAAAUAAAAAUCAUUCGUUCGAAGAUAUGAUUUGGCAUCUUUUAGAUAACUAUUUGUAUAAAAAUGCCAUAUACUUAACGGAAAAACUUUAUGCACAAGAUCAUACGAAUGAAAACUUGCUUUUUUUAUUAGCAACUUGUUAUUAUCGUAGCGGUCAAAAGAAAGCAGCACAUUGGUUGUUAUCAGAGGCUCAAUCAAUAAAGUGUAAAUACUUAUUUGCUAGAUGUUGUUUAGAUCUUUGUAAGCCGGAAGAUGGUAGAACUGUGUUAUUAAAUAUUUUACCAAAUUUGGAAGAAAUUGAUCUUUUCGGUUCAGAGAAUUCUUUAACCAGAAAUGAUAAUCCUGAUCUGGCAUCAGCAUAUUGCUUGUUAGGGAAUUUAUGUAAAAGCUCACAUAGAGUUAAUGAGGCAGCUGAUUAUUAUAUCGCUUCUAUAAAGUCAAAUCCGUUCAUGUGGGAAGCUUUUGAAAAUCUUUGUAAAUUGGGCAAAUCAAACCAUCUAGAUGUUAAAGAAAUAUUUACUAUAGAGAAUGUGAAAUCAAAUAUUGAAAAUUCUGAUUCUGAUUUGUUUCCUGUGAAUGAUGAUAUUUCUUCACUAAGGUAUACUACAUUAUCUUCAACUCGCAAAAUUGAUAACAGAAAACAAAAACGUUUUCGUAUUACAAAUGAUGAUAAAAGCAACACAGGGUCUGAUGAAAAUAAUACUAAUAAAGAUAGAAAGGAAUUAGAUAUUAAGGAAGUUAUGGAUAUAUAUCAGAAUUUGGCCAAAGGUUAUUCAUUUUUAAGUCAGUAUGAAUGUUCUAAGGCUAUUGAGGCUUUCUUAGAGCUUCCUACUUCUCAAAUAAAUACUGGAUGGGUACACUGUAAUAUGGGAAAAGCUUAUUUUGAGAUGGCAAAUUAUACAAAAGCAGAAGAUUGUUUUUCAAAAGCACUUCAAUUAGAACCUUAUAGACAUGAAGAUAUGGAAAUAUACUCCACCACACUUUGGCAUUUACAUAAAGAUGUUGCACUCAGUGUACUUGCCCAUGAACUUUCAGAUUUUGAAUGUUCGUCACCACAAGCAUGGUGUGCUAUUGGUAAUUGUUACAGCCGUCGACAAGAAUAUAACCUAGCAUUAAAAGCCUUUGAUCAAGCAAUACAACUGGACCCAUCAUUUACCUAUGCAUAUACUUUAUCUGGACAUGAAUCUAUGGCAAGUGGUGACGUUGAUAAAGCUGUAGAAUAUUUUAGGAAAGCUUUGCAUACUAAUGAGCGUCAUUAUAAUGCACUAAAAGCUAUGGACAUUAAUCCUAAAAAUGUAGCCUUGUUAUGUUCUUUGGCCAAUGUAUUGGAAAAGUUGGAUAGACAUCCAGAAGCACUUUUACUUUACAGUCAAGCUCAUGAUAUUAAUCCACAAACACCUCUAGUAAUGUAUAAAAGAGCAAGAGCAUGGUAUAAAGAUGAACUAGAAAAAUUAAGAAUGCUUGUUCCAAAUGAGCCCAAAAUGUAUUUUCUUAUGGGCAAAAUCCAUAAAGCAAUGGGUAAUAAAUUUAAGGCUAUGGAGAACUUUACUUUGGCAUUAAACAUGAAUCCUAAAAUAAUGCCAGAAGUAGAGACUGCGAUUAAUAGAAUGGAUGAUUUAUAA